CUGUGUAAAAACAGUUUAUUUCUCUCCUUCAGUUUUCCAUUGGCUAACAUAGUUAGUUUGUUUCUGCUAAGCUGAUUUCACUACUGCAAGGAAAUACAUACCAAGGACAUAUUAUUUGGCAUGGUGAAACCACCUUGGGGUCAGAAAACUGAAUACUACACAAGUCAAGGUUUAAUGUAUCACACCUUGAAGGGCCUUGCUUCAGUGUCCUAUGGUAAGGAAUUGAGGGGUGGAGGGAGAAAGGUAGGGAUAACCAAAAAGAAUGUACUCAGACAGUAAAGAUUUCAGAGGGGUGAGCAAGAAGUUGCAGUAAAAUCGUACCUUUUUUUUUUUCCUUCCUGUAAACUGUCUUCGGUUUAUGAGCCAAAGAAUGAGUUUAUAAGGGGCAGAGCAAAGAAUGGGGGAGUAGUGAAUUUGUUGUACUUAAGUGGGCUGUCAACUUCAUAAUAUAAAAAUGAACUUUUCAACAAAUAGAGCUGCUCACUCAGAAAGGGUGGCCUAUGUAACUUGGGGUUCUCCAUCAUUGGCCGUGUUUAAGCCUAAGUGGCAUAUCUUGAUAGAAAUGGAUUACAGUAAACAGUAUUCCUGUAUCCUUCAUUCCGCAAAUACAAAAGCCUGCUCUGUACAAGGUACAUGCAGAAUAUGAAAAGGUAUCAAAUCUGGAUCUGCUCUCUGCCAGCUGUCAAAGCAUUGCUUCUCACACACGUUAAUGUGAUCUUGUUAAAAUGCAGAUUCUGAACCCUGGGGAUGGGGCCUGAUUCUACAUUUCUAACAGGCUCCCAGGUGAUGCCAACGCUGCUGGUCUGUGUAACACAGAUAAACGUUUCUAGUAGAGAAGGCGACAUGCAAAUACUUCUAAUACAAAGGUGGUCCCCGACGAGCUGCAGCCAUGGGAAACACCACCAGCGACCGGGUGUCCGGGGAGCGCCACGGUGCCAAGGCUGCACGCUCCGAGGGCGCAGGCGGUCAUGCCCCGGGGAAGGAGCACAAGAUCAUGGUGGGCAGUACGGACGACCCCAGCGUGUUCAGCCUCCCCGACUCCAAGCUCCCUGGGGACAAAGAGUUUGUAUCAUGGCAGCAGGAUUUGGAGGACUCCGUAAAGCCCACACAGCAGGCCCGGCCCACUGUUAUCCGCUGGUCUGAAGGAGGCAAGGAGGUCUUCAUCUCUGGGUCCUUCAACAAUUGGAGCACCAAGAUUCCACUGAUUAAGAGCCAUAAUGACUUUGUUGCCAUCCUGGACCUCCCUGAGGGAGAGCACCAAUACAAGUUCUUUGUGGAUGGACAGUGGGUUCAUGAUCCAUCAGAGCCUGUGGUUACCAGUCAGCUCGGCACUAUUAACAAUUUGAUCCAUGUCAAGAAAUCUGAUUUUGAGGUGUUCGAUGCUUUAAAGCUAGAUUCUAUGGAAAGUUCUGAGACAUCUUGUAGAGACCUUUCCAGCUCACCCCCAGGGCCUUAUGGUCAAGAAAUGUAUGUGUUUCGAUCUGAGGAAAGAUUCAAAUCCCCACCCAUCCUUCCUCCUCAUCUACUUCAAGUUAUUCUUAACAAAGACACUAAUAUUUCUUGUGACCCAGCCUUACUCCCUGAGCCCAACCAUGUUAUGCUGAACCAUCUCUAUGCAUUGUCCAUUAAGGAUAGUGUGAUGGUCCUUAGCGCAACCCAUCGCUACAAGAAGAAGUAUGUUACUACUCUGCUAUACAAGCCCAUCUGAAGGAAUCCCUUCUUGCCUCCAAGGAUUCAAGAGAAGCAUCUCCCUUGCCUUUCUGGACUGAACCAGUCUUACCUGAGACUGGAAGGCUGAUUUGCUUUGAGGCCGAUAUGUGUGUUUCAGAGCCUCUGAGUAGGACGCUCUGCUUUUGCAUUUGAUUGCAGAUGAGAGCUUUAUGAGUUCACGGAAUUUAUUUUAAGAAAAAAAUAUAUACAUAUGAGAAGAAGGUAAAUGAAAGCCUCCUAGCCCCAGCUAGAAGUAUUAUUUCUGCCUAUGGGUUUUCACCAAGACCUGUUUGGGGGCGCUGCAGGAAUAACUAUAUAGGAAGCUUUUUUCCUAAAAUGAAAGAACAGCAAACUCUUAGGAUCCUUGUUGGGCGGAGAUUCUAUCACUGCUACCUUGGCUCUCCAAGGAAUGGGCUUGUGCUAGACUGCUGCCCUACUUAACAGCUGCCUAAUUGCAAGGGCAGCUUUUCUUGCAUGGGUUCUCUAUAUUCCCAGAGUAUGUGGCACAAUGUGUGUUGUUUAUAUGAUACCAGAUGCCCCACAAGAACCCUUUUUCCUCUCAUUUCACAUUCUUCCUCUAGUAGCCUCCUUCAGAUCCCAUACCUGACCCCUCUCUAACACAAAACUCACUGGGUAAGUGACUGAAAAGUUUUGUGGCACCUGAUCCACCCCAGACACUAGGGCUGUCAGAAGGUCCCUUUUUAGCCCAGCACAGGCGCAGGCCACUUUGACGUGUUUGUUUUAACUUCUAAAGGAAAUAUGUCUCCUCAUUAUAAGAAAAGCAGAAUGCAGAACAUCUACUUUUUUGUUUUAGUUUGGUGCCACGGCUCAGGCUGUAUUGGCAAAUUCCCGAAAGUUUUCACACUUUGCCUGGCCCUGCUUCUGUCUUUUCUCUCUCAGCAAACAGUUCUGAAGGUAGGAGUGGAACCGGGGAGUACUUUCGUGUCUUUCAUCCUUGAAAGAUUUUUAUGUGCCUGCAUUUUUUUUUUUAAUUAAAAAAAUGCCUUUUCAUUGGUCUUAAGAGACUGCGUUGGAGAAUUUCAGGCUUUUGAUAAAUGCUUCUUCAGAUUUUCUUCUCUAGUCUAGCCUUCCACAUUCUUAGAUCAAUAUGGCCAACCCUGUACACAUCACUGCACUAAACACUGCUCUAGAUAAACUGCUCAAGUUCAUUUAAUUCAUUUGAUGCACCUAAAGAGUUCCCUCAUUUUAAAGAUUGUUAGGCCAAGAAGCAAGAAAGUAUUCCUAGUAUUCCCAACCAUGAAAAGUAUCGUUCUUUGCACCAAGUGUUAACAAAAUCAUUUUGAUCUCCUGCCUCUUCUUUUUAAAGGGUUUGAUGAUUAAUUGGGGUCACUGAAUUCCAUUUGUGAGCUGAAAAGUAUUCAAUCCACUUUUGGGGUUCAGAGAUAAAACAUUUUUUCCCAAGUAGCUGGGGCUCUUCCAUUUCACAGAUAAGUCAAAUAGUACUAAAGGAGGCUAAACUAUUGAUGAAUGAGAGACUCCCUGACUGCUCAGAUGAGCCUAGCCACACGGAAAGGGCACCUACAGGUCAGUUUAGCUACCUCCUGUCUUUUCCAUGCAAAGCUGACAACGCAGUUGUCUUCGGACUUGUAGACCUCUUGGAUUCCAGGUGUGAUGGAGUAAAGUAUGGGAUUGUUGUUUUGCUGGGGUGCAAAUAACUAAAUGCUUUGGUGGUUAAUUGCUAAGAAAUACUACUUUAACCAUCCAAGGCCACCUUCUGCAGCAAAAGGCUUUUGUGGAGAACCUUUUAUGUUCCCAACCACUUUUUGAAUGGUGUGCCAUUUAAAAAUCCAGGCCAGAUCCUAUUAUAACCAACUCUCAGGAUUUACAGUCUUCAGUUGUACUAGAAUUUUGUUUUUAUCCAAUACCCAUUACAUAAGUGGGCCACUUAGGAGGAUUCAAAA